GCCCACAACUGCCCCUGUCGCGCGUGGGAGAGGCCCUGCCGUCCCAGCCGGAGCGCGGCCGUGGGCGCUGCCGUCAGGCGAGCUGGGGCUCCGCGGCGGGAGAGAGCCGGCGGCGGCCGCUGCUGGGCUGUGGGGAGGCCGAGUGCAGGAUCGCUUCGGAGUGCGGCUCCGGCAGCCGCGGCAGUGCGUGGCGAAAGCUAGGCGGUGUAUACGCCCUUCAGAGGAGGUAGAAGAUGGCUGGACACUUGAAAAAGCCCUUCAAAGACAGCCUGAGUGAUAUCAAAGAACGAAUGAAAGAGAAAAGAAAUCAGAAAUGGUCAAGGUUGGGUAAAAUUAGCCAGGCCUCCACUAUGAAGUCCAAAAUACCAAUCAACAGCUCCAAGCAAAUGAAGAACAUCCAAGCAAACAACAAAGCUCUAGCUCUGGCUUUGCAAGAAGAAAAGCUCAAACUGAGGGAUGCCCAGGCCAUUAUCCUUCAUUUAAGGAAAGACUAUCAAGAUCUGAAGGUUCAAAUGUUUGAUUUGCAACGAAAUCUUAAGCUGAAGCAAGCACAGGGACUUGAGAAUCAACUGUUAGCCUUGAAUGAAAUCAUUUCAAAAGUUUCUCAGAACUUACUGCAUUCAAUUAAUCUCCUUGGUCCAGCGAAGAAUUUGUGUUCCAUAGGUGUAAAUCAGAGAGUGUGUCCAUCCGUUCCUGGAAAUAGUUCCAGUGCCACAGGACAAAUCCAUUCAGUAGGAUCUCUGCAGUGUGCUGAUGGAGAUGAUCAAGUGCUUCCAUGUGGGAUGGAGAUCGAUAGGGAUAGAAAUGAGCUGACUCAGUCUUUGUCAGGGUUCUGUGAGGAAUCAGACGAUGCCAUUUGCUUAAUCAAAGGUCAGACAUCUGACUUCUGCCUGAACCACCCAGGGUCAGAGCUGGAAAACGUUUCUGCAGGUGGAGAGGAUGGAUUCAGUAAUGUGUUACCGAAAAGUGUGUCCACCAGGCGUCACUUGCCAAAGAUGAGAACUCAUGAUGAACUUUGCACUGCUGUCUUGGACCAUUCAGAAGCACCCGAUUCAACAAAGGAGCCUUCUACAUACAAUGAAAUUAGAGUUGAGGAAAACCUAGAGAAGUGUACUGUGGAAAACCUAGAGAAGUGUACUGUAGGAAACAUAAACUUGGAUACUGCUCUCUUGAAUGAAAAUAAAGUAGGCUCAGAGCUGGUGUUGAGGCAAAGACGUUCUGAAACUGCACAGUUCAACUUAAAUAAUUCAGGUCUGAAACAACGUGAGUGUAAAAGCAGAGAAGACUGUCAAGUAAGGAAAAACAAGUCUCAGGGGGAAAGAUUGGAGCAGCCUAAGAAUACUUCCAGACAGAGACCCAAAAGAAGAGGGAGUAAAGAGACUUCUAAAGCCAGUGAUGCUUAUGACUUUCGUUUUGAGGAGAGUGUCCACGUUACACCUUUUCGACAGAAUAAGGCGAAUGACACAGAUACUGUUGUGGAUGACAAAGAAGACUUAUCUGAACCUAACAACACUGAGUCAAGUGACACUGAAGAAGAUUCAGAUGAUAGCUUAUAUGAGCCCUACAAGAAUAAAUCAAAGAAGAGGAAAAGUGCAGUGGACAAGGAAGACACAUCACCAGUCCGUGCAAGGCCAAGGUCUAAAAGGUGUUUGGCACAGCGGGAGCUGAAACUCAAUAAUGAAAAAGAAACUGACAGCAAUAAAUCAAGUGACAAGUCUGUUAGGCAGCCUUCUGAGCCUUCUCGUGGUCAUCUUUGUGAUGUUACCAACACCACUUUAUUGCUCCCUGGCACUGGGAAUGCAACUACUGUCCCUGAAGGUGAAGGACUGCGAUCUCCAAAACGCAAGCGAAGCUGUACUCUUACUGUGAACUAUAAAGAGCCAAGUAUUGCAGGGAAACUCAGAAGAGGAGAUCCAUUUACAGACACAGAUUUUCUGAACUCUCCCAUUUUCAAGCAGAAAAAAGAUGCCAAACGCUCCUCUCUGAGGAAGGGAUCACUGUCAAAAUACAAUGAGAAAUUUGUUGGAUGUCGUUGAUACUCAGUCAUGAUACCAGAACCAUUAGUCAUGGUAUCUUACACAAGUAUGUACUUAUUUCUGAGCCUGAUAUUUAGGAUCUGAAGGUAAGGGGGUUUGAUUUUAAUGCGGUGACUUGUUUUUAAUGAUACACAAUAUGCAAGACCUUGGUUGUAAAAGCAAACUCUUCUGAGAGUAGGCAACCCUACAUUGCAUUUUUCAUGCUUUUUUUUGGGGGGGUUCUUGGGUUUGUUGUUGCUUUAUUUUAAAUCAUGCUUGUAGAGCUCUUGUCUAGGUAAUGGUUGUAGUUUCAAAUUGAAGCUUUUAAUAAAUGUAAUAUCACUUAGGAG